AUGGAUAAGGGGAAGCUUAAAGCUCUUGUUGAUAGCCUGGGCUCGGAAGCGGCUGAGGGCCAUGAGGCUGCCUUGGUUGAGCUGCAUGGCAUGGUCUCGCGUGCCACCAGCAAACAUAAUUUUGAUCCAGGUGCUGUGCUAGAAACCAAGCUGCUGCAGCUUCUGCUGAAGCGAGUCCUGCCACAGCAGACAUGCGACAAUGGUGCAAGUGCAAUUCUAUUGGUGCGCAAGAGGCAGCUGGAAGUCCUUGAAAUGCUCGCCGGUGACGAAAAAGAUGAGUAUGGACUUCUUUAUUGGGCCUCGGCCCGGGGCGCACUUAUUUCAGUAGCGCUCGGUCCGGAAUGCGAGGCGUUCACCGUGCUGGCAGAUGUACUCCAGUCUCUCGCUUCUAGCCCAGCAGAGCACCAACCAGAAUGCGGCGCUGUCUUAGCGGCCGCUUCUCGCACGCUGGUUCGUCUAGUGCUCCGCUCAGAUGGCCUUUACACGGCGUACGCUGUGAGCGCUGACCAAGUCAAGCAGGCUAUAAAAGCUGGCGCACUGACGGCACUCGUGGAUGCGUUCUCCCACUAUGCCGUGGGGGCGCUUAUGGAGACCAGCAUCGACGUGGUCGGGCCGCCGCCGGCGCCCUCGGCGCUCCGUAACGGCGGCGCCGGUGGCGGUGCCGCCGGCGGCGGCGGCGGCGGUUCUGGCGGCCGUACGAUGCAACGCAGCUUUACCACCAAGCAAGCCCACGCUCGCACCAUCUCCCAGCGCAAACGCGACAAGCAACACAAGCAGCAAAUGGCGGCGGCCGCCGUAGCGCAUGUCGUUAUGCAGUCCGUAGGCUAUAUCUGUCAAGCCUUGUCGCCGGGAGAGCUUAGAGAGAUAGGGCUGCGGGAGGUCGUACUGGCGCCGGUCGUGACGCUGCUGGCAGGGCUGCCAGCCAAGCUGGCGGCGCCGCCGCGGUCCAAAGCCCCCGCGCUGGAGCACGGCAACGUUGCCAUCCGGCUGUCGUACAUUGGCGAGGAGAGCGAGUCGAUGGAGAUGUCGGGGGGGGUGGGCGGGGCCCCGCCCGGGUUGGCGGUGAAGCUGCCGCGCGCCCCGCCGGCCUCGGUGGUUUCGGGGCUGCUCGUACGGGCCUUGGAUGGGCUGGUGCACUGUGUGGAGAGUCGAAGCGAGGCGCGAUGUGACGCGGCACGGCAGCUGCGCUUGGUUGCGACGAUGAUGUCUCUGGCGGGCGGCAGCGGCGGCGGUGGCGGCGGCGCAGUAGCGGUGCCGCCGCUGCUGCAGCUCAUUCGCGCGCUUUGUGAUUCUUUGGAGCAGCAGGAGGAGGAGCAGCGAGAGGUGACGGCGGCGACGCGCCACGGCGGCGGCGGGAGCGCCGCCGGCGGCCUGGGGCUGCACGGCGGCGGCGGCGGAGGUACGCAGACGUUGCACUUAUCUGGGUUCCAACAGCAACAAAGCCAUGCAGACUCCUCCAAAAUGCGCGGCAAGCUGCACAGCGUACGGCACUCCCUGGCACCGUACAAGGUGCUCUUCCAGCUGCAAUCGCUGUGCCAACAGGCUGCCGCCGCCGCCGGUGGCGGCGGUAGUCACGCUGCCGCCACGAUAGCCGACGGCAUCGGUCCCGACGGCGAGGCGGCGCUGGUGGGCCUGGCGGACGAGCUGGAGGACGUCAGUACGGUUGCCGUACGCGCCACCUUGAUGCCGACGCUUCUGGCGCGCGGCGAUCUUCACCAGGCUGUCGACACCGCCGGCGCGCUGGAGGACUUGUUCCGCCAUCUGCCCGCCGCCGGGCAGGCGGCGUUGGCGGGAGUUCUGGCGGAGGCGGCGGCGCAGCCGUCGGCGCCGCUGGGUUUGGUCGUGGCGGUGGCGGCGGCCGCCGGUGCCAUGACGACGGGUCAAGCAGGCCAACAGCCGCAGGAGCACGCCGCCGGGAAAUCGGGCACAUCAGGUCCCCGCCAGAAGAAGCAGCCGCAGCUACAGCCGCCGUCGACGUCGUCCCUGUCGCACGGUCACGGCACAGGUGCAGGAUCGACGGGCGCCGCCGCCGCCGCCGCUGCCGCCGCCGCCGCGGCGUCGAACUUUCGGGUGGCGGCGCAGGCGGCGGCAUUCGUCGGCACCCUGGAACACGCCUACUCCGUUGGCGGCGGCGGGAUUCAGCCGCUGACGGAGGAGGCGACGAGCCUGAUGGGCUCGCUGCCAGCGGCCAUGAUGGUGGGUCGCAUGCGGGAGUUGGCAGCGCACCAUAAAGCCCAGGCGGUUGGCGGCAAGUCCAUGGUCGUACGUGCCGACGGCAGCGGUGCGUCCGCACAUGGCGGAAUGGCGCACGCGCCGGUGGGCCUCGUGGAAGCGGUCCUUGUGGGCCUUGCGGAGAAUCUGCAGAGCUUCUUGACGGCGGCGGCGGAGCUGCUGCCGCCGUCGGACGCGGCUUCGGGCGACGAUGGCGGCGUCGACGCCGCCGUCGGCCACGCUGGUCAUGUUGACGAGCUGGUGGGCCUUGUGUGCCGUUGCACACAGCGCUUCCAGGAGCGGUUGCCUGUCGUACUUCAACACCUUCAGGCACACCUGCAGGCCUCCGGCGACGGCGACGCUGACGCUGACACAGCCGCCGCCGGCGGCGCCGGCUCGCACGGCGCGCAUGAUGGCGUGCACGCCGCCACUGACGCCGCCGCCGCCGGGGCGGCGGCGGUGCAUCAAGGACAGGACCUGCUUGUCUCGACGGCCUGCGUGGCGGCGACGCGAGUCCUGGAGGCUUGUACGAACCAGCUCACUGGCCAGUCCCAGCAGCCACAGCCGCAGUCGCCGCCGCCGCCGCCGCCACCGCCACAAGGCGCCGACGCGACGCUAGGCGACCAGACGGCGGCGGCGCUACGGAUCCUAGCGACCAUCAUAAACCCUGCCGGCGGCGGCGGCGGCGGCGCCUCCGCCGCUGCAACAACCCACCCGCUUCUCCUCCACGACGCGACGGAGGCGGCGCAGGCGUGUCUAGAUGCGCUGUUCGGGGUCCUUUCCGACCCUUCCGUACACGCCGCCGACCCCGAUCUUUUUGAGGACGACGUGUGCGCGGGUCUGGCGGUGUCGCUGGCGGAGUUGAGACCGGUCAAUCCCCUGGCGGCGGCGCUCGACGUCAAGCAUAGCCUGGUGGUGGCGGCACGUGCGCUCAAGGCGCUGGUCAAAGCCGUACCCCACGGUCAGCUGACUUCGGAGCAAGAGACGCUGUUGCGUUGCUUUGUUAACGCGCACGAUGACGGAUUGCAGCACAGCCCGUUCAAUUUGGACCUGCUGUUCGCUGAGGGCGCCGUGGCCGCCAUGCUCCGCCGCCUGCACGACACCCCUGCGGACCAGCCGCUGGAGGAGGAGGCGCUGCAGUUCUUCGCCAGCCUAACUGACUGGGGUCAUUCGAAGAAUGGAGAGCACCAGCUGCGGUUUAUGAAGGAGCUGGGUCUUGCGCGAGCUCUUGCCGCCAAGUUGGUGGCGGAUGACCAAGCUGACGGCGCCGCCGCCGAAACGCUGCUCACCGUCGGCUCCACCGGCGGCCUGGACGCGUUGCUGACCUUGGCGAACCUUAACGGGGGCACCGCCAGCCCGGACGAUAUGCUGUGCCAGGAGCUGAUUGUACGGCAUGACAUCAGCGCGCAGAUUGCGCAGUUUGCGGCGGAGGCGGCGCUGUCGGACAAGGGCCUCGCAACCUACACAUUCCCUGACGGCACCUGGUCCAUCUACGACUUGCCGUCGCUGCUGAUCUCUUGUCAGUCGCUAACCCGUACGGCAGUCAACUGCGAGAGGCUCGUACAGCAUGGCUUGCUGCCGACGUUGCUGACGGUGCUCAGGCUUCGUGAGGCGGGGGUGCAGGAGGUCCUCAAGGCGUGUCUUAAGCGCGAGGAUCUUCGUGUGGUGGACGCGGCUCGGGGUACCUUGCUGCAACUGGGUGAGCUGACGGACACCGCCGCCACGCGCGCUCUCAAGGUGUCGUGCGCUGACGUGGCGCCGCCAGCGGCGGCGGGGGCCGCAGCCGGCAAGGGCGGCGUCAACGGCAAUGACGGUGCCGGUUCCGCCGGCGGCGGCGGCUGGACCGGCCCGCCGCUGUACGACGUGUUUUUGAGCCACAAGCGCACCGACGCGCGUGACUUUGCCCGGGCGCUAUGGAACUUGUUGGUCAGUAACGGCUACACGGUAUUUUUGGAUUUCGAAUUCAAGCAAGAGCUGGGGAGCCUUGAGGAGAUGGUGGGUCAUUGCACCCACUUUUUGUUCAUCAUGACGGACAACGUGUUCAAGAGCGAGUGGUGUAUCAAGGAGCUCGUGCAGCAGCUGGCGGCGGCGGCGGCCGCCGCCGCCGCCGCAGGCGGCGGCGGUGCCGCGGACCCUCAACAGCUGCAGCAGCAGCAAUCUGGAGGUCCCCACGGACAUCAGCACCAACACCAGCAGCAGCAGCAGGGGCUGACAAUGCCGCCGUCGUCGGGGAGUAUGGACGCGGCGCAGGCCACGGCGGCGGCGGCGAUGCUACUGCCGCGGCCGCAGCUGCUCUUCCACCAGGCGUUGAGCGAUCCAGGGAUGUUCUCGGCGGCGGCGGCCGCCGACGCGGCGACGGCGGCGGCGGGAAAGACCCAUGGUGCCCUCACGGAACUGCAGGCCGAGCUGAGUAACGCACGUCGGGAGCUGGUGAACGAGGUGACGGGUCUGGGUCGCACCUUCAUGAGCAGCCAGCAGGAGCUGCGGCAGGCCGUGCAGGCGGAGGUGGCGGCGAGUGCGAGGCUGGUGUCUGGGGAGGUCCGGUCGCUGUUGAUGGACGCUCAGAACCAGGUGCAUGGCCUCAAAGUGGAACUGGCGGAUGUACGGCAGGAGCUGAUCAGCAGCCGCCAGCAACAGAGCGAGAUGCGGGGCAUGUUGGCACAGCGGUGGGGCCAACUCGAAAAGUGCGCGAACGUGCACCAGCAGCCGCAUCCGCCGUCGCUGCAGCCAGCGGCGGUGGCGGCGGCGGCGGCGGGCGCUGUCGUUACCGCGGCGGCCGGCGGCGGUGUGACGGGGGUGAUGGCGUUGACCUCCCAAGUGGGGAUCGGGUGGGUGGACAGUUUGGGUGGGCGUGUGCGUGUGGGUGUGGGUGUGGGGGGGAGCGGGUGUGUUUAUAUAUGUGCACUUAUACUGUUAUGCGUGCGCAACAUUACUGUUGCCCCCGGGUGA